GUCUGAACCGUCCCAGUUAUCCGCUGGUAUAAAUACGAGCAGCAGAGAGACUGGAGCAGCUUCAGACGGUCUGGAGUCUCAGGAAACAAACAGAUUUGUUUUUUUCAUCAUUGCCUGCUGGCCCUGUGAGAGUCAGAGAGGAUGUUAAUGAUGAUGAUGAUGAUGAAAAAGAAGGGGUCCAAGUUUCUGGCUGUGGUGGCUCUUCUUCUGGCCUCAGCCAACUGUAUCCUCCUUCCAUCCAAAGAAGAUCUUACCCAGAUCUCACUCCUGGGAGAAAAGUAUCUGGAUAAACAGAUUGAAAAUGCCGUUAAUGGAGUGAAGGAGAUGAAGAGCGUGAUGCAGAAAUCUUCAGAGGAACACCAGAAGUUUCUGGACGCCCUGGAGAAAACAAAGGAGCAGAAAGAGGAAGCGUUGCGCGUGGCUCAGGAGAAGGAGGCCAAGCUGGAGCAGGAAGAGGAGGUUUGUAACGAGACCAUGACGGCCCUGUGGGAGGAGUGUAAGCCCUGCCUGAAGAACACCUGCGUUAAAUACUACUCCCGAACCUGCAGCAGUGGAUCUGGACUGGUGGGACGCCAGCUGGAGGAGGUGCUCAACAGAACGUCUCCCUUCUCCAUCUGGAUCAACGGGGAGAAUAUAGAUGCCCUGCAGCAGGAGGGGCAGCGGCAGAGCAAAGAGCUCAGGAACCUGGAGGAAAAAUACUCAGAGAUGGCCGACGGUGUGGCCAGCAUAUUUUCAGACAGCAUGAAGGUGGCUGAUCACGUGCACUACAACCCUCCAGUGUUCUUUUUUCCUAACUUCCUGGGACCGUACACUCACCGGAGCAGAAGCGUUCGCUCUCUCUUCCUCAAUCCGUUCCACGGCUUCCAGGAUUUGUUCUCCCCCAUGAAGGACAUGAGCAGGAACUUCUUCAGCUCUAUGGGCUCCAUGAUGGACAUCGACUCAGACGCAGCUCCUAAUGAAGACGGCAGUGUGAACGAGGACGUGGUCAUCACCAAACCGUUUGGCAACGGCAGGAUGACCUGCAGAGAGAUUCGCCGCAACUCAGCCGGCUGCCUCAAGUUCCGCGAAGAGUGUCAGAAAUGCAAAGAGAUCCAGCAUAUUGACUGCUCCGGCAAGAGACCUCUGGAGGGCCCGCUGAAGCAGGAGCUGGAGGAGGCGCUGGCCAUGGCCGAGCGCUUCACUCAGCAGUACAACAGCCUCCUGAAGACGUUCGAGGAGAAGAUGUUCAACACCUCCUCCAUCCUGGACCUGCUCAACAGAGAGUUUGGCUGGGUGUCGUCUCUGGCCAACAACACCAACACCAAGGACGACAUCUUCCAGGUUCAGACGGUGGACAGCAGGGACACUGAAGAGAAGCCCAGUGAGGGGGAGAAGAAUCAGCCUGGAGAAACAAACGUGUCUGUGCAGCUCUUCGACAAUCCACCAAUGACCUUUAGCGUGCCGGGUGACAUCCCCUGGACCGACCCCAAGUUCUCUGAGGUGGUGGCCCAGAAGGCUCUGGACCGCUACAAGGAAACCAGCAUUGUGGUUAAAUAAGGUCCCAACCUGCGCUGUCUGCUGACAAGUGAAUGUCCUGCAUUUCUCAAAAUACACCCUGGGGG